UAGUGAAGAUUCAUUUUUGUUAUACUAGUUGUGUAAAUAAUUCAACACGUAAUGACCAAGUUAACAUCGUGUUACAAUAAUAAUAAUUCCAUCUAAAGAAUAUGAUAAAAAAUGUAACUAAAGAAGCAAAAUGAAGCCGUCGCAAAUAUAUAAAUUUAUGUAAGAAUUAUAAAUAAUAUAUACAUAACAUGUAACUUUCGCUGCAAUAUGUCUAAAUUAAACAUUUUCAGUCAUAUAAAAUGGCAACUGCACCCAUAAUUGAUAUUAACCCGAAAUCUUUAUUAAAAACCGUUGAUGAUUCACACCCGAUCAGAGUACAAAAAAAAAUUAACUCUUCUUGAAUCACACGGAUACACUCUCACUAGAACAGGUGCCGGUUCAUACAUACUGUAAAAGUAUGUUAUACACCCAAGUCAUUUCAUCAUUCAAAAGAAGUUUAUGUUUCUAUUUCAAAGUACCGUCUUCCGUUACGAAUGCAAGUUUGACAUCUUAGGGAAACUGAAUUUAUCACUCUCCGAAUUUCGUUUUUAUAUCUUGUCCUUAUCUUUCUAUGAACGCAUUAUUCAAUUUUUCUUGUCCUGGAAUUGACGUUUCAGAACUGAUCUUAAUUCUCUCACCCAUCAGAUAUUUCCGUAAUUCGAUCUCUGGGUUAUUGCGUUUGACUACUUCAAACAAUUUCACAUAGUAGACAUGGCUAGAACGAGUAGGUUUAUCUCGUUUCUCCCGGUUAUCAUCGUCUUAUUGUUACAUUUCGAUGUACCAACAACGAACUCGCUAUUGAGUUUAGAUUUCAUAUUUUUAUUCUAAUUUUUUUAUAAAAUAUUUACAGACCUAUGUUGGUAUAAUAUUUUCUUCUUACUUUUACUUAUUGAACAUAAUGGUGCAGUUUGAUCGUUUAAUCCGUGGACACCCUAUAUAUUUGCGGAAAAGUGGCUGCGUAAAAUAUGGCUGAAUUACGCGGUAGAAAGCAGCCGGUAGAGGGCAUUCAACGCGUGUACACGCAAUCGCGUGCCUCCACCGAAAGAGAAGGCGACAUCGAAUUGCCCUUCACGUUCCAAAAAGCUGCUCCGGUUUCGGCGUACAUUUUUCUUGGCUACUUCCGACGCGCCCGACCAUCCUGGCUGUCAUGAGGACCUGAAUGGCGUUGGCAUCAAGAUCCGUCCGUCGUCUCGCUGGCUGCCAAUCGUCCGUACACAGAAACGAAAAUUUCAAUCAUUGCAAAGAUGACAGCUGAUUCGGAAAAAGACAACACUCACUGCUUGAUAUGUAAUAGCAAAGUUGGAGUUUCUACUAGGAAUAGUAUACGUAUUUUUAAUGAAGAGUCUGUAACGUCUUCAGAGAAGCCACUUGUAGACAUAAUUUGUACUGUCUUAGAAACAGACUUGAAUGAAGAAAAUGUACAUUCUCUUGUCAUAUGUAAAAAAUGCUACAAAUUAUUUAAUGAGGUUGAUGAACUUGAAAAUAGACUGACGGAAGUGAAAGUAGAAUUGUAUAGUAAUUAUAAGAAAACUAUUAAACAAUUAUCUGACGAGCAAAAUGAAGAAGAAUUUAAUGAUCACGAUUACAUAGAAAAUAUGGACUCUCAAGAUGCAGAUGGGGAGAUUAAAUAUGCAGACAAGGACGAUCAAGAAGACCAAGAAAUGGAGGGAGAAGAAGAAAGAUUAGAGGAAGAAGACGAAGAGGAUCCUGCCUGUGAGCAGGAGGAAAUUAUUCUGAAAGAUCCAUCAGUGCCAGAGACGAGCAAUGCAGACGAGAGGAAGAGAAUGAAACGGUCAAAAGUAGUUCCAAAAGUUGAACCUCCUCAAGAGCAAGUCGUAUCUAGAGAUGGUUCUAUGUAUACUUGUUUGUUAUGUAUAAACGAAGAAGAUAAAACGGUGGGAGACGCCAAGUCUAUUAUCGCGCACGUGAGAAGUGUGCAUGAAACCCGUUUAUAUAUUUGCGAUAUAUGCGGAGAUGAUUUUCGAAAAAGAAAUGAGCUCUCCGUACAUCUCGAUGAUCAUGUCGCUAAAGAAGAGGGAGACUUUCAAUGCGAGAUAUGCAACAGAAUUUUCAGUAAUUUACGACUGUUUAGAAUUCACAAGAGGAUACAUUAUCCGCAAGUGAAAUCCUGGCCAUGCGAAACGUGUGGCAAACGAUAUAGUUCCAGAAAUCUACUGGAGGAACAUAUCAAUACUCAUACGGGUAUACGUCCAUAUGUAUGCGAAAGUUGCGGCAAAGAUUUUGCUUCGAAAUAUACGCACAAAGCGCACGUUAAGACGCAUGAGAUACGACCGCGACCCUACGAAUGUUCACAAUGCAGUAAAACAUUUUUGAGCCAACAGAACUUGAAUCAGCAUGAAAGGACUCACAACGGCGUAAAGGAAUACGUUUGCCACCAAUGCGGUAAAGCGUUUGGCUCGCCACACAAUUUGGAAGUGCACAAUAUAGUGCAUACGGGUUACAAACCGUACAUUUGUAGAGUCUGUGGUAAAGCGUUUGCGCGCAAAGCUGAAAUAAGAGAUCACGAAAGAACGCACACUGGAGAGAAGCCGUACCAGUGUGAAUUCUGCGGAGCUACAUUUAGCCAACGAUCGAAUUUGCAAUCGCAUAAGCGUGCGACGCAUUAUAACGACAAGCGGUAUAAAUGCGACGAUUGUGGAAAGGGCUUUAAACGACGACGAUUGUUGGAUUAUCAUAUAAAAGCGGCACACACUGGCGAAAGGCCAUACAAAUGCAGUAUAUGUACAGCGACAUUUGUUUACCCGGAACAUUUUAAAAAGCAUAUGCGUAUACAUACUGGCGAGAAACCAUAUCUUUGCGAGGUAUGUGGAAAGGCAUUUAAUAGCCGAGACAAUAGAAACGCACAUCGAUUCAUACAUAGUGAUAAAAAGCCAUACGAAUGUCUUGUAUGUGGUAUGGGUUUUAUGAGAAAACCAUUGUUAUACGCUCACAUGCAAACACAGGGUCACUUAAACGACACUAUCGUCGUCAAUCAGCCGCGUCUUACUACUGAAGACGAUCAAGUUAUAACAAUAUCUGAUGGUAAUGUUGAGCUUUUAGUGGAUGAAGCCGAAACUGAUCAGCUGGAUGAAACCGAACUAUACGUCACGGAAUUAAAGGAUCAUGUUAUAAUACAGCAACCAACAGAGGAUCCAAUUUAUAAUGAAGAAGAUGUGUUGAAUAUACCGACGGAAGAGCAUGUCGCGGACGAGGAAGGGAAUCCUUUAGUUGACGAAGAAAUGAAUUUUGCCGAAAGCGAAGUGUUGGAUAUUAAACCUGAAGACGCGGAACAAGUAGAAGAAGUAUAUAAUUACGCUGAAGCUGAAGAUGUUGAAACGAUAGUUGUACCAACUACCUCAGAAUACAAAGACGAAGAAGACGAUAAGAGCGCGGUGCGAUUAGUGCAGAUUCGAUUCCCGUCGUCGGUUAGCGGGGAAAGCCGUAGCUGGUUAAGCCUUGUGCAGAACACAUGAAUUUUUGUAUUAUUUGUUAUACACUAUAGCUUUCUAAGCAGGAAAACAUUUCUUAGUAAAUAAGGCAUACUGAUACGCGUAAAUGAGUGAGUGAAUAAACUAGCCUUAAAUGGAAGCACGUUGAAUUGA